AUGCUGAACAAUCUCUCAUUGGCUCACAACAACCUGCAAGGUUCAAUUCCAGACUCACUUGGGAAGUUAAUAAGUCUAGAAAUUUUGGACUUAUCUCAAAAUAAUCUAUCUGGCAUGAUCCCCAGAUCCUUAGAGACACUCAGGUAUUUAGAAUACUUAAAUCUUUCUUAUAAUAGGCUACAAGGAGAAAUCCCAAGUGGAGGACGCUUUAAUAUAUUCACAGCUUCAUCAUUUAGGCAUAAUAAAGACUUAUGUGGUGCAGCAAAACUAGAAGUCUUGCCUUGCAGAAACAAACAAAAAGAAUCAAGAAAUUUGUCUUCUCUAAAAUUUGAUGACCGGCCGCCAUCACUUCUUGAGUGGACAAGAGUAUCAUAUUAUGAACUAGUAAGAGCCACAGAAUCAUUUGAUGAAAGCAACUUGAUUGGGAAUGGGGCUUACGGCUCAGUAUUUAAAGGAAAGCUCACAGAUGGGGUAAAUGUAGCGGUAAAGGUUUUUAAUUUACUCUCUGAAGGUGCAGUAAAAAGUUUCAAUGUUGAAUGUGAAGUACUACGCAAUAUUCGUCAUAGAAAUCUCGUUAGAAUCGUUAGCAGUUGUACCAACAUGGAUUUUAGAUGCUUAGUUAUGGAAUACAUGCCGAAUGGGAGCCUUGAGCAGUGGCUGUACUCACACAACAAUCAUCUGAGUCUUAUACAACGACUGCAAAUAUUGAUAGAUGUUGCCUCAGCCCUCGAAUAUCUACAUCAUGGUCAACCAACUCCUAUUAUUCAUUGUGAUUUAAAACCAAGCAACGUCCUCCUCGAUGAAGAUAUGCAAGCACGUGUUUGUGAUUUUGGGAUUUCCAAAAUAUUUGGUGAAGAGGAAUUCAGGCUAAGAACUGCAACUUUAGGAACGAUAGGAUACAUGGCACCGGGUAUGACUCUUUCAUUUCCUUGCUUCUUCCCUUUGCAUUCUUAA